CGCGUGGCACUUAUUCCAAAAGGAAUUGUAGCAACGUAUGCGACGAACAUUCGUCAGUCGAUGGUGGUAACGUUCGGAGCAAGAGAUCGUCAUGGAGAAACACUUUCUGUUGGGACUUGUGCUGCUGGCGUUCAAACUUAGUGUUAAGUGUGUUGUAAUUAAUCCGGCUGUGGCAUAUCAUCUGGAGUACGAUUUGGCGGACAAUGUCGACUGGGUACGCAUCCCAACGAUGGUGGACGAAUGGAUUUGGACGCAUCGACGCUCGGUUAAUGCGAUGAUGAAACAACACCGAUCGGACGAGCCGCCAGUUAACAUUGAAUUUCUGCUGCAUACACGACGAGACACUGCAGACGAAGGUCAUUUGUUGGAGGUAGGAAAUGUUGACUCCUUGCUAGGUUCCAACUUCCGGUCCGAUCUUCCAACAAGAAUCAUCGUGCAUGGUUGGCAAAGCAGCAAAAGCUCCCCGCUAGCGGAAAGUAUUCGUGAUACGUAUCUGCUGCUUUGGGACUACAAUGUGAUCGUGGUGGACUGGUCUGAUUGUGCGUUGGGAUGGAACUACGUACGAGCGGUCGGGUGUGUUCCCGUGGUUGGUCAAACACUUGCCCGUCUGCUCGACGAGUUUCAGCAGCAUGCCGGGCUGAUGAUGGAGAAUGUGUACGUCGUUGGGCACAGUUUGGGAGCGCACGUUGCCGGCAUAGCUGGCAAGAGGGUUCAGAAUGGACAGCUGCAUACCAUCAUUGGCCUUGAUCCGGCACUGCCACUGUUUUCGAUUCACGAGAAAGAGAAUCGCAUCGACCAUCAGGACGCAAUGUAUGUGGAGGUGAUACAUACCGGCGGAGGGCUUCUCGGUUUUCGAGAUCCGAUCGGGACGGCUGACUUUUACCCGAACGGAGGCUCCCAUCAACCGGGCUGUGGGCUGGACGUUGUUGGACUGUGUUCGCACACUCGUGCUUGGGAGCUGUUUGCGGAGUCGUUGCUAGAGCCGGUGGAAAACUUGGUGGCCAGUCGGAUUGAAUCGUUGGAGGAGAUAGAGCAGCUGCCGCCUGUGGAGAUGGAUUCCAUCGGACUGGGCGAUUAUGUUGUCGAACGAGUGAAAAUGGGAGGCGAACCGUCGAAUGCUGGACACGCGCAAGGCUUGUACUCUAUCACCACGAGCGAUAAAAGUCCAUUUUUUCGCAAAAAUAGGAUAGCCUAAAAUGUUGCAAUGUUUGCUUAGCUAAUCGCGCUUAGUCAUAGGGAGCUGCCUACCCAGUUUUAACUGUAUCCAAUCCAAUUCUCUCGGAAAGCUUCUUUGGGGUCAGUUAGGCAGUG